GGGUCACCCGUCGCAAACAGCCAGCACUUUCGCUGUCAGUCGACGCACGCGCCACGCACGCCUAGCACACUCCCGAACGCACUCGCAAACGUCAAACUAAAAAACCGCGGCAAAAAGUUUUGAAAUUCUGACGUUUCAAAGUUCCUUUUUAAAUGAAAUAAAGUUUACGCAAGUGUAAAUACUUUUUAAAAAGGAUAUGUGGGGUUGUUAAAUUUGUGUUAUGUGACUUUUUAAGUGAUUGUUUUCAGUGGCUGUGUUUAUUUACAUAAUUUAUUUUUAGUAGAAAAAAUGGUGGCUAGUGCGAAGUGGUUAUUGUUAUUUUGUGUCACUGCACUGGACAUUACUGUGAUAUCCACCCAGCGGCCGAGCCGGCGGCCGCGACAGCAGAAGGAGAAGCCGCAGUCCCUGCAGGACGUGUUCAACACCACCUCGUGCAUCCCGCCGCCGUACCGCUGCCCGCACCACAAGCUGCAGUUCUACUUGUACACCAGAUCAACGCAAGAGAAGGGCGAGCUUCUGGACACACUGGACAACCUGUCUCUCACCCGCUCGCGCUUCAACCCGGCACACCCCACCAAAAUCGUGGUCCACGGCUUCGGCGGCGGCCGCAACCUCAGCCCGAGUACUGACAUGAGGAAAGCUUACUUCGCGAGGGGCAACUAUAAUAUUAUUAUAGCUGAUUAUGGCAGUCUAGUCAAGGAACCUUGUCUUAGUCAGAUAGAAUGGGCGCCGCGCUUCGCCGGCAUGUGCAUAGCUCAGCUGGUCGAGUACAUCCAGUACCACCCGAGCAAGGCGGUGGCCCCGGAGCAGAUCCACACGAUAGGGUACAGUGUCGGCGCGCAUAUACUCGGGCUGGUGGCGAAUCAUCUGGCUGAGGGGAAACUUGGCAGGAUCACAGGCCUAGACCCGACAAUAUUCUUCUACAUGGGCAACAACCGGUCCCGGGACCUGGACCACACGGACGCGCUAUUCGUGGACAUCCUGCACACGGGCGCCGGGAUCCUCGGCCAGUGGGGGCCGAAUGGACAUGCUGACUUCUACGUGAAUGGCGGGUCGAGCCAGCCCGGCUGCGCGCAUGACACCAUCUUCCAGACGCUAUCGUGCGACCACACGAAGGUGACCCCCUACUUCAUAGAGUCCAUCAACAGCCGGGAGGGCUUCUGGGCUGGUCCGUGCCCGAGCCUGUUCUCGUACCUGAUUGGCUGGUGCGAGCCCAAGGAUACGGAGUAUGUGAUGAUGGGAGAACAUGUCACGCCUAAGGCUCGAGGCAUUUACUACGUGACGACAAACGCCAAACCUCCCUACGCCAGAGGGUUCCCGGGGAAGUCCCGACGACUCAGAUCUAUCUCCCCUGACUCUUACAGCUGAUGAUGCGAUGAUAUUUCAAUAUAGAAAAGUAAAUAUUACAGUUAUAUUAAAAUUAUCAUCAAUAGGAUGCAGGCGGGAUGUUGGAAUUUAGAAUAGAAACAGCGGGAAUUCAACUUGCCAUGUCACGAAAUUUAUAAAAUAAUGGAGACUGCCUUUUUAGGUAUACUGUGUCUUUAUUUUUUAACCUAUUUUUAAAUUACUUCGAGUCGGCUCUAAAUAGGGUUUACCGAGAUAAAAAUUAAGUAGGUACCCUUAGAUUUUCUGGGCUCAAUGUAACAUUAUAGGUAGAGAUUACUUACUCUUAUUUGCAAACCAACACAACACAUUUUCAUUGCAGUAGUUUUGGAACAAAACUAGUAACAAUAUUACUUCCGUAUAAAUACUUCCUAGUACAUAUUGACUCUCAUGACGAAUUCGUUUUGUUUCUUGAUUUUCUAUCAGUAUGCGGAUUAGUUACGACACUAUCUUUUACUACUAUUUUAAUUACCUCUAGGAUAGAAGGCGUUGUGCUUUACGGUAUAUGUAUUGUUAUUUAUUUAUACUACUUUAAUUUACUCUUACUUAAUAUUUAAAAAACGCAAGAGGGUAAUGCACCUAUGUCCAGCAGUUGUGCUAUUGGCUGAUGAUAAUGAUAAUUAUGAUGAUGGAUUAAUAUAACUAAUAGCUUUUAUUGUGAGUGAUAUCUUUAGCUAGUUUAAUAUUGUGAUAUACUUAAUAUGUAUUAAUUAUGUAAAUAGUAAGUACCUAUGUGUGUGUAGUUCGCAAUGUGAGUGGAGGGGGGUAUAGUGUAGAUUCCUAGAAUUAUUACGCUUUAACUAUUGUGUCCAUAACUUUUAAUAAAUUAUUAUUUAUGAGCCUUAA